AUGCAUGACUUUGUACAAUUUCUCACCAAGAAUGAGUGUUUGAUUAUCGAUCAUGGUGAGGAAACUACCGGCGAAUCAAGGACAUUAAAAUUGAGUGGUAAUUCCAUCAAAGAACUCCCAGAGGAGAUUGGUGAAUUGAUACAUUUGAGGCAUAUUGAUUUGUCUUACAGUCGUAUACUGGAGACAUUACCUGACACUAUUUGUGGUUUGUACAAUUUGUCUACCUUGCGCUUUGUGAAGUGCUCUGAACUUAAAAAACUGCCUGAAAACAUGGGAAACUUGAUUAACUUAAAGCAUCUUUAUGUUGAGUCGUAUAAUAAUCUGAAGUCGUUGCCAAAAGGAAUAGGGAGAUUAACAAGUUUACAAACACUAGAUGUGUGUCGGUGUUGGUGGCGACAAUGA